AUGUCUACAACUACAGCUCCUUCUGGGGGGAAGAGACCAACGCCUGGGUCAGCGGAUACUCCAAUACGAGAUAAAAGAUUAAAGACUAUCGCGUGUGAUAGGUGUAGAAGACGCAAGGUUAAAUGCGAUGGUGACGGUUAUAAUCAAACACCAUGCAAGUAUUGUGUUUCGGUUAAAUUGGAAUGUACUUAUGGCCAAAAAUCAGGACGCACAUCCGGUGUCAGCAAUCAAUCCAACCAUUCUAAGGCCAUUUCUACAACAUCUCGACAAACUGGUCGAAAUCCUAUACGAUCAAAAUUAACUAAUACCAUGACCAAUAAUGUUGAUAUGGUUACGGUAGCACCAAGCAUCUCAGCAACUUCUACGAAUCGUCAACGAAAAGUAGGUUCUAAUCAAAAUAUUAAACCAAAUACAAAAAGAUCAAUUAAUGCAAAUCGCCCUCAAAGAAUUAUCCCUCAAGUUUUACCUGCUAUGGAUGCAAAAAGAAAUGAAUUUGAAUACGCGGUCAAAUUAUUUGCGUCGGUCACUCUACAAAAUGAAAGUCAAGUACGACAGCAACUUAGCCCUUAUGUUCAAACUUCCCAAGUUGAAAAAUCAUCCCCGUACCCACAAACCAGUCAUGCAUUAUUAGAAGAUACUCAACUUACUGAACAUUUAGUUGAUUUAUACUUCAAGAAUUGUCAUCCACUUUUGCCUGUAUUACAUAAAGCUUACUUUAUAAGAAGAUUUCAGGAUAAAAGUAAAUCUAUGCCUCCGCUUUUAUUAUAUGCUGUAUGUGCUAUUGGAUCAAGUUAUUCUAAUAAUCCUGCUGCGAGAAAGGAUCGGGAUAACCCACAUACAGUUGGCUUGGCUUUCUAUGAAGGUGCUCAAGAAAUGGUCAAUCAUUAUUUUGAUUCGCCUCGUCUUAGUACUGCUACAGCGCUCUUCCUGUUGGGUAUAUUCGAUGCUUUACGUAGCUUAAAAAGCCGUAUAUAUGUUGGUAUGGCAACCACUUUGGCUAUUACAAUGCGGCUUCAUGAUAAAAAUGCAUUCCCAGAAACCUUACCUAACCAUGAAAGUGAAGCAAGAAAGAGGUUGUGGUGGGGUAUUUCGAUAGCAAAUCAUUUACAAUGCAUUUCAUUGAACAGAAUGUUGGCAUUUGAAGAUAAACAUUGUACAAUCGAACAUCCAAAUCAAACUAUGGGUGAUGAUGAAACAGAAUGCAAAAUUAUAGAAUAUUUUGGACACUAUUUGACGAUCACCAAGAUUAUGUACGAUAUACUUGAAUUUACUUUGAGUGAUAAUGAAGAAGAUUUCGAUAUAUUACAAGAAAGAUUAGAUACAUGGAAGAGGGAAUUACCUUCCUUCUUAAAGAUCGAAGGAGUCAAGAAACUUGAUACUUCUUACAAUGAAACGACCAUUGAACAUCUUCGCAUUUAUCUUUGCAUCCUUUAUAAUUACGCAAUAAUUAGGAUUCAUCAUCCAAACAUAUUAUCCCCACUCAGUUCGGCGGCUUGUACUCGUGCCGCCAAUAGCAUUACAUCAUAUGUGAAUGAACAUUUUGUUUACAUGAUUAAUAGUAAACAAUUCAUUGCUCAUUGUGCAUUAUAUGCAGGUUUCAUUCACGUAUUUAACCUAAAAGAUCCGCUACUUGCCAAGGAAUCCAAAUUAAAUAUUCUUGCGACGAUAAAACUUUUCGAAAAUGUUCUGAAUAUUCCUUCCCUAUAUUACAUUCAUAGCAAUAUUAAGAAUCUGAUAGCGAUAUUUGAGUCACAAUUAGGAGGAGCUUCAGAUGUUGAUGAGCAUAUCAUGAAUAAUGCAAAGGUCACAAUGACUUCGGUAUCUGGAAGCGUUGGAAGUAGUUCCACAACCGGAAGUCCCGUUUCAUCAACGACUUCAAUCGAGGAGUCGAGGAACACUAACAAUAACUAUAAUGUAAGCAAUAAAGAACAAGAUCUUUCAACAAAGAAUUCAGGAUUUAAAACAUUCCGUUUAAUUCAACAGCCAGUCCAAAAUUCGCCACCUGGAAUCAAUUCAUUCGCGCGCACAACUACUACCAGAUCACCUCAAUACAGCCCCGUCUCUUCAAUAAAUCAAGGACCUGGAUUAUUACAAACGCAACAAAUGAGUCAAACGCAACAAACACAAUCAAUUUUUACAACUUCGUCACAAAUUUCAUCGAUAGAUCUUCCCCCCGUCAUGGCCAAACAUGAAUCGAACAAUCCGGCACUAAAUUCAUUAAAUUCGGAGAUGAAUUAUUCUUCAACUCAGUACAUUCAUCAGCAUUCCAACCAAACGAGACCACAUGAAAACGCCUCAAAUAUACCAUCAACUUGGGGAUCCAAUUAUAAUAAUUAUCAAUGGCAACAAACCAAUCAUUUACAACCAAUUCAAACCCAACCACAUCCAAAUGUUCAACAGCAGACCACUAUAUCUCCGAUCGGGAAUGAAUCUCAGACAAUGAUGGCGAUGAAUAAUAGUUCGGUUCCCACGUCUUCCCCCUUGUCCAUCAACAGAACCGUGGCGAUGACACCACCAAAUUCAUCAUUACCGCCACUCUUGCCUGCGACAGCAAAUACCAAUACGGCGGCGGUUACGCAAUAUUAUUUGGCAUCCAAUUCCACUAGCCCUCCGUCAACGAUCGGAAUUGGCGGAAAUUUUGUAUCCGGAAAUGAGAUGAUGUCAACCGAACUUGCACCAUUGAUGGGAAAUAACGGUGGUGUUAAUACAAAUGGAGUCAUUUCAACUUCUGAAAAUUCGGUUUCUAUGUUAAUCGAAAGUCAAAGCAAUGGAGAAACUCAAUCGGGGGAAUUAGGUUCACAUCACCACCAUCAGCUCCAUCACAAUCAUCAUCGUCAUACCCCAAUGCGGAGGUCUUCACAGCAAGCUCAGUGGGGGUGGGGUGGUAAUAUAUAA